AUGGAUACCGGGAACCUCCGAACAAGAAAACGGUGUACAGAACCAGGACAUACAGAAUUAGUGAGUGCCUGGUGUCAAACUUGUCAGAUGUUUGUCUGUAUCCAGGAUAUAGUAUCCCCAAAACAUGCUAGACAUGUCUUUGUAUCACUGGAGAAGAUUGCUGAAGAACACAGAUCUAGCACACACCAGAAGAAAAAAGAAUUGAGUAAAAUCAAAGAAAAUCUUGAAAAGGUUUUAUUACAACAGUCGGAAAUUGAAACCCAGUUUGACGAGAAAGUCCAGGACAUUGAUGCUACAAUAGAGAGGAGAGCUGAGGCUUUACAAUCUGACAUUGAGUCAUGGAAGACAAAGGUCAAAUCAGCUCUUCAGAAGAAGGUUGUGGAAAACAAGGAGUUAAUGAAGGCACGCCAGGAAAAAAUUAGAGAGGAUCAAAAUAAACUACAAGAAGCUCUGGAUCAAUGUAAUGUUGAUCAUUUUGAGAUGGUGGACAAUGUUAUUCAGGCUAAACACCAGACAUCUGUCUACAACCCUGCAUCUCUCAUCUUUCGAGAAGGCAACUUAGCAACGCUUGACUUGGACGGCUUACUCGGACAUAUCUCUGAUGAAGACUUCUAUGGAUCAGACAGCAUGUCUACUCUAAACCCAGAUUCCUUUACUAGUACAAAUGAUAUCAGACAUAGACGACCACCAGAAUCUGAAGACAGCAGAUCACUCACAGAGGAUUGGACCUCUAAAGUAACCGAACGCCCUGAGAGAAUAUAUGACUUCUUGGAAUUCGAAGAUGUUGAGAUUUUAGAGCAUGGCGUGUUUCACAACCCUGACCAAAAAGUUGACAACACCACACAAGGAGCUGCGAUCAAGCUAGCUGCUAGCACAGAGGAAGGUGUGUGGGUGACAUGUACAGGGAAGAGAUGCAUCAAACAUUUUAAUGACAAAGGUGAUUCUACAAAACAAAUUAUCUCAGACUUUGAUAUAGCAGACUUCGGCUUCAAUAGUAAAAACGAACUUUUCGCAACUGUACACAACGGUUUUAAGAUAAAGAAAAAAGGGUUUUUCAAAUGGAAAAGUCUUGUAAGGACUGCACCCUAUUUGACCUUCGGAAUUAACCUCACUCCUGAGGAUGAUAUAUUGGUUUUCCUCCAAGGAAUCGGUUGUAGAGCAGAGAUACACAGGUAUUCUCCUGCUGGAGACAAUAAACAGAGAAUCUAUUUCGAUCAGGAUGUCCAGGAUGGCAAAGAAAUUUUCCUCAGACCAAGACAAGUACUUGAGGUCGGCCCUACAAGAGAUGUGCUAGUGAUAGAUAGCAAGAGACUGAUAACUCUGGACAAGGAUGGGAAAGUGACGAAAACCUGGAGAGGUGAGCUGGACAUGGAAACUGGUAGCGAAGCUGCAAUGAAUUUGUUCCAUCCUGUCAGUAUUGCUGUCGCUUCACAUGGGAAUUCAAUUGUCUUGGAUACAGGAAACAAGCGAAUCGUUGUGUUUGAUAAACAUGGACAGAUACUCUGGAGUUUCAACGAUACGGUCAUGUUGGAGGACAUGAACUGCGUAGUAUUCGAUAAUGAGGAUAAACUUUGGGUUGCCUGCACAAAUGGCGCUCUUCACCAUGCAAAGCUACACUUUAACUGUAAUGGAAAAACAGACUGA